AUGUUUAAGAAGAUCCACUCCAUCUUUCACCCUAAAGCCCAGAGACAGACUCUGGUCAACAACAGCCCUUGCUACGACAGGACGAGGUCAGCCGUGCGGCUGAUUCGCAGCAGCUCCAUGUACGUGGUCGGGGGCGGUGGGGAGAAAUUCAGCGAAUCCCUGAAAAAGUACAAGAGCACUCCCGGCCUCGACAGCAGCCCCUACUACCGCCAGAAAGAGGAGGACCGGGCCUGGAUGUACACCCGCACUCAAGACUGCCUGCAGUACCUGCAGGACCUGCUGGCCUUGCGCAAAAAAUACCUCAACAGCUUCAAGGAUCUGAAGUCCCACCCUUCACCUGAGAUCUCUUCUGCUUCCUCCAAGUCUGGUACCGGAGGCAUGAAGAUCCUGGCCCAACCUCCCCCUAAGGAGGGUAAGAAAUCAACCAAGAAAGUCUCACUGCUCAAUGCUGAUGUAAUGGAAGCCAUUGCUUACUUUGAUUCCACUAUUGCCGAGUUGGAGGGAGACAAGCACUCCAAGGCUUCUGGGAGAGACCCACCAAAUGCCGAUGUGGAUUUUGAUGUGGCCACCAGCUCCGGGGAGCACAACCUGCACUCCAACUGGAUCCUGCGAGCCCCUCGCAGGUACUCAGAACACAUCUCCUCGCUCACCGUGAGGGUGGUUGAGAGCCAACCCCGGAGGAACACGGAGAGGAGAACCUUCAGUACCCAGAGGAGACUCGAGAGGCACCCGAUUUACCUGCCGAAAGCCGUGGAGGGGGCAUUCAGUACAUUAAAAUUUAAGCCCAAGGCCUGCAAAAAAGACCUGGUGGCUUCUAAACAGAUUCUCUUCAGCUUCAAGUAUGAAGAUACUACGGAGUGGGACACCACCGAGCCCCUUGUUCCAGGGCUCGUGGAGGCUGCGGUGGAAGGCAGAGACGAGGGAGAGGUCAUCUGGGAAUCCGCUCCUGACUGUCUACCUCUAGAAAGUCUUUGGGAGCAGACUGUGAGCUGAGUCCCUUUUCUGCUUUCUCCAUGAGCCGUACCUCUGGAGGAUCUGUAGGUGAUUUAAUCAGGUGUUCUGCCUGGACUGCAGCUAAUUGAAAUGUUUCUUUAAAACCACAUAAAAAUCUGCUUGAAGUGGAGUUUCUCAGGAUGGCUGGCCUUCAGCUAACCCUAUGUACGCAGUUGCCAAAGAGACCCAUUAAGACCUUAAUGUGAAUGUUCAAGAAACUCAGUGAAAAAGGCUUGGAGACAGGAUUGAA